CCAUGUAUUGCCAUGGCAGUGCUGGAAGUGAUAUACACAAUUCCCAAUCUGUGCCUCUUCAGAGCUGAGUGAAGUUAGCCCCACCUCCUGUGCCGUCCAGCCUUUCUUUAUAUGAUGUCUGUGGCCCAAUUGAGUUCAGAUGGUGGAUGCAGGACUGUGUGUAUGUCUGUCUGUCUAUGUGAGAUGAGCUGGAGUCAUAAGGCUGAGUUGUUCCAAAUGGUUUUAAUCAGCAGCCCUUUCGGGGAGAAUGGAAAACUUCUGUCAGGAUAAGAACUGAGUUGGAUUCUGUUCCUGUAACCUUUAUGAAGAGCUCUCUGGAGUGCUCUCUGCCUUUCGGACCUAUGACUUCUUGUUCAGUACCAUGGGGGAAUUCGGCAGCAGGAAUGGGAAGAACUUGAAUUAGUUGUGGAAAAACGCUCCUUUGCCUUUUUUGUGCCGAUGGAAAGUGGCUGCUGCAAAUGUUCCUGUGAUGUGGAAAAGGGCAAAGUGAGAAGGGCGAAGUGGUCAUGGUUUGUGGGCAGAUUCCCGCUUGCCGCAGGCUCUGUCGCCCUCGGCCCUUCCUUCUGGUGCUGGUGGUGGGUAUCUAUCUUUUCUACCAGAUCCUGCCACCUAUACGGACCAAAAGAUUCUUUUUGGCAGUUGAUAAUGGGAGUUCACCAAACAAACUAGCUGAGACACAGCAAGAGAGAUACAAGGAAGUCUCUUCAAGGAACACUCAUUGCUUCCUCCCUUCCAGUAAUUCACAAACAGUGAAUAAGAUUCAAGACUCCAUUCUUAAGUACUUUGGGAGUCAUACAAGAAGAGCAAUUUUGUAUGUUCCUCCUUCCUGUGGUAAAAAAGAACUUCAGCUAUAUCAGCGCAUCCUAGCACAAUAUGGAUAUACAGUGACAGUCCUUGAAGACAGGAAACUGAUUGUAGGCCUUGGACAUGAGCACCACUACCAAGGCAAAUUAAGCUCUUGGGAUCUUCUGAUUUGCUUAUCUUCCAGUAAAACUGACGAUACAGACUGCUUUCCAAUAGAUGACUUCCAUCAGUUAGAAUUAUUCCAGAAGGUAAAUACACUCCCAGAGAUUCAGCACUUGCUUUGCAGAAAAGAAGGAUUAUGCCAGAUAAUUAGAGCGUUCCCAGGACUGCACCUUCCAAUUUCUUUCCCUGGAUGCUUGGAUCAGCAUGUGCUGUCAAAGACAAUCAUCGCAAGCGGCCCUUCUCAGCCUGUGAAGUCACGUGAGAGUGAUCAAAGGACAAAUUUUGCCCAUCUGUGGUACUUGUGGAACCAGACUAAUAGUGCACAGCUGAGUUCUAUACCAGUUCCAGCCAGCCACAAGGAGCUCUUUAAAGCUCAAGACCUUUCCAUCAUCAUCAAAGCAUAUGUGCUAGUGACAUCCUUAACACCUUUGCGGGCAUUUAUUCAUUCAACUGCCAUUGUCUGGCUUCCUCCCAAGAAGAAGCACUUUUCCGUAAAGCUACAAAGAUUUUUUGAAACAUUCUUCAAAUCCAGUUCCCCUCAGCAAGUCUUUGAUAAUAUGAAAGAAACGAUAAGUAAACUCUUACUGGUAGCUGAGGCAUUCAGUGAAUCACCCAACGUUGGACCAAAGACCUUCAGUAGAUGCAGUCUAUGUUUUCAAAUGUUAACCUUUGACAUUGGGUUCAACACCUCCACUUAUCCAGUAGUUCUUGAGGUGCAUGAACACUUUGACUUUCAAGUUGAUGACUUGAAUUUUGAGGACCAAACUGUAAAAGAAUUCCUUCUUGAGGAUACGUUCAAGUUUAUCUUGUCUAAUAAGUCUUCAGCUUCCAGUGUCUUUGAGACUUUACAGAACAUUUACAAAUUAGCUAUGAUUAAGGAUGAAAACUACCAGAAGGAAUAUGAACAAUGUCUGUCUUUAGAAGAAAUAAAUUCAAUGAUUCAUUUUAUAAAAGAACUGAAGAGUAUGGGACAAUUUGAACUGCUUUUCCCAUCUUCUGUACCCAAGAUUCAAACUUUGCUGCAUGAUGUUUAUCACAUGGUAGACCCAAUGGGAAAGCUUGGGUCAGUCCUGACAGUACAUUGGUUUCUUUCCAAUUUACUUGAGCAGUUCCAGUUCAUGAAUAAAGAGGCACGUCCAAAUCUCUCAGGAUGGAAAAUCAAGAAGAGUUCCAGAAACUCAUCUAGGACCAUCAUGAAAUGGUCAAAGCCCAGGAAUUCUUUCCCAGAAAAAGAAGAUGUUAAACAAAGAACUCCUUUCAACGUAAUGAAAAAUCAUAAAGAAUUGCAUUUUUCCAAUGAGACUAGAGAAAAGCAUUGCAAUCACGAUAAAGAUACCCUAUCUCAUAUCAGGCAGAUCUUCACUAGCCCGCCUUUGGACCUGAAUCCUAAAUUUAAUCCAAAGAACAAAGAAUACUACACUGAAGUCCCAUUUGAUGUGGUGACAGUGAAGAUUGGAGCGGAACCCUCUAACUGUCAGUGCCAGGUGCACCUUGAUGAGAGGAAAGGACCAAGUGUUGCUAACUACCCCCUUGGCCUGGGAAUUAAUAAAAUCACUAUUCUAGUAACAGAUAACUCGCAUUCCAACUCCGAGGUUGUGAGCAGCUAUAAAAUCAUUGUCUAUCGAGAAGACCGCCCAAGUCUGCCUUUGUUUGAGGAUUAUAUGGUGUGUGGUUUUGUGCAGGACUGUGGUUCGCUAAUUCAGCUGGAGGAAUCCUGUGGAUUACAGCCUCUGUCUCCUGAAUACCUUUCAGCAAUUUCACAGACACAGUUUAAGACUUGUGAAGCUGGGGACACAAAAGGGCAGUGGAUUGUGCCUUGCCUCAGCUGUUCUGACAACAGAACCUGUGACUGGCGAGAAAUAACAUGGCAGCCACACAACUGUCAGUAUUCUGUCCUGACUAAGCCAGAGCUCCAGCAAUGUGUAGAAGGCAGAAAGGUUCUUUUCAUUGGAGACUCAACUAACAGAGGGAUAAUGUACUAUCUGAUUGAAAGAGUGAAUGAGACCCUUCAGGAAUGGCAAAAGGCUCAUGACAUUAAAUUUUAUCAUAACAUAAAUGAUGGGAAAACAUUUAUCAGUUACUCCUACUACCCCCAGUUUUGGAUCAAUGUAAACCAGCGGCCAACGUUUGAAAAAGCGCUAGAACAGCUGUUACAAAGAUCACAUCCUCUUGAGAACACAGACCAGACGGUAUUAGUUGUGGGUGGUGUUCAGUGGCUUAAUUCCAAUCACCUGCAAAUUAUUCAAAAGGUGCUGAAGAGGGAAAAUCUAUCAAAUAUCCUGGUAGUUAUCAAAUCCAUAGGAAUGGGCUUUCAUCUACCAGUGGAUGGGAUACAUUCUUUAUCGCAGACUGAAGUGCAAAAUUUAUGGAAUGAAAAUUUGGUUAUUCUGGAUACUGCAAAAAGAUAUGGCUAUGAGGUGGUUGAUACUUUCAUCAUCACAAUGGGACGUUACAAAGAAUUUCUGCAAGGGAAGUGCGGAUGUCAUUUCCAUGAGGUGGUGAAAUCCAAAACAUCCAAUGAACGUCCUCCCAUUACAAUGAAGCUAUCAAGGCCCUAUACUCUGGGGAAAUAUUUCAACAGCCAAAGCAAACUCUCACAGCUGCAAGACUUUGCAAUGAAUUCUCAGUCACCGUAUCAUGUCAGAGGUCCAAUAAAUCAAGUCUAUUCUGAAAUCCUCCUCAGCAGGAUCUGUGCAAGUAAAAGCAAGGCUACUGACUCAUAGCCUCCAUCAGAUGAAGUUUUAAAGCAGGAAACUUUUUACUUCCUCAAAUGACAAGCCAAGGACCACAUUAAAUUUAUUUACAUGCUGCUCUGAUUGGCUGCACACAUACCAACGCCACUCAAGAUGUGGCGCUUUUCCUAAAGCUUUAUGACAUCAAGAUCUGCCCUUUCGGAUCUUAGGUUUCGGAAUGGAAAGAUGGAGAGAUGCAAAAAAAAGGGGCUGGGAAAGUUACUUGAAAUAUUGCCAAACACUAGAACAGCUGCAGGGCAAGCAACUGUAUACUGUGACAGUAAAGAGGGAGAAAGAGAUACACAUGAUGUAUUUGAAAAGGGCUGCUUUAUUUCUUAAGCAAUAGAUAGACUUAUCUUUUUAUAGGUACACACUAUAAAAUUAUUACAUAGAGACAUUCCAUUCCAUUUUUAAAAGCAUUAUUACAUACUGAUAGGUUCCCUUUCAUUAGCAAUAUAGGAAUAUUUCUAUUUCAAUCCUUGCCUCUCAUGUAUUGCAAAGACAACUUAUUACCAUUGUAUCUAUAGUGCCAACUCUUAAUUCGAGUGUUUACAACUGACACGCAUAUUUUCAUCCAUGUCUGCGGUAGGUCACGUUUUAACAAAAAUAAAAAGGAAAGUUUGCAUUGUUUUUCUGCAUGUUCUAAAUCCAAGAAACACAGGUGACUUAGAAGAGAGGCUGAAUAUAACUAUCCCCACCUAACAUGGAUAGAUAAUGAAUACCUUAGCAUAUCCUUGUUUAUGAAGCUGAUUCAGGAAAAUAUCCCUAUUGAUGAAAGUUUUUUUAGAUUUGUUUAAGCACUUUUCUGAUUGGGGGCUCAUAAGCCUAGCUGGUACUUUCCCUGUAUAUGAAGUCCUCUCUUUCUGAAUUUACAUAAAAUGCCUGAAUUUACAUAAGAUGAGCUGUAUCCUGAAACCCUUGUUCAGAAAAACCUCCCAAAGGACUGCAGGAUUGACUGUAAAAAAUGUGAUUGUAAACAAAUACUUAAAAAAUAACUAAUGCCUGAUGUCUUCUGACAUAACUGUAUAUGAUUUAAGAGAAUAUGAUGUGGGUUUAUAUAGUUAAAAGCACCAGGAAAUGUAAGGAAAAGUUAAAAUUAGAUUCCACUGUCAGAGUUAGUAGUCAGGACUUUCUGCUUCCUCAUAAUGUGUGUUGCAAAAGGAAGCAAAAGUAUAGGAGCAAUCUAAGUCAUGCUCCCCCGUGUCCCCACUCUUUAGCGCUGCUUGUACUCCUCCACAGGCACAUUAUAAAAUUUGCCCCUUUUGUGUGGGGAGGCUGGCCAAAGCAGCAGAGCUAAGGAACAGUUGAUGGUGUGCUCUAAUAGCAACUCACUACACAACUGACUUGCUCCUUUAUUUCAGCAUUAACUCCCCCAAUGUGGCUCCCACUCUCCUCUGAACAGGUUGACCCUGCUGCUGGAGUGGAGAAUCCUUAAAGCAAACAGAGGAGCUGCCACUAUUCACAGGUAGCUCUGGAGAUUCAUGAGGCUGGAUCUAGGAUUCCCUAUGAAUUUUUGAGUUCCACAUAGUUGGCAGCCCAUAUUCCUAGCUAUUUACAUAUUGUGAUCAGUCCUUCCCACAAGAAGGAGCUAUGUGUUAGAUUGUCUGUGAAGAAGUAUCUCUGAAUUUAUACAUAAGCUUUUUUCUGCCAUGAUCCUUCAUGUGAAAGAGAAUAUAGGCCUUCUUUGUAUCUCUGGUAGAUUUCUCAGUGAAUUGACAGAAGCUUUUGUGUUUUGAGCCAGGGACAGUUCCACAAACGUUGAAAGGAUCCAUACUUGGUUAUCUCCAGUAUUUUGCAGGAUCCUGUUGUGUACACACCAUCAGGACCGGCGCUAGAGUUUUUCGCGCCCUGGGCGCAUGGCCAUUUCGCCGCCCUGUGCGCCAC